AUCUGAAAACCCUGGAAAAAAAAUCCUUCACUAUUUUCCAUCUGCAAACAGAAACAAUCAAUCAAUCAGUACACUAAAGUCAAAAAAAGAAAAGGAAAAUAAAUUCUCUAAUUUUCCUUUACACUUUCUCGAGAAAAAAAAAAUGUCAGCCUGCAGUAAAAUCCGUUACAUUGUACGACUCCGUCAAAUGCUACGACGUUGGAGAAAGAAGGCCGCUAUGACAGCUCGUCGUGUACCGUCCGAUGUACCUGCCGGACACGUGGCAGUUACAGUAGGCACUGAUAGCAAAAGAUUCGUGGUGCGAGCGACGUAUUUAAACCACCCAUUAUUCAAGAAACUCCUCUUGCGGGCCGAGGAAGAAUACGGGUUCUCAAAUUCAGGCCCGUUAUCGAUUCCUUGCGACGAGAUAUUGUUCGAGGAAAUAAUAUGUUUCCUAGCCCGCUCCGAAGAUAAGAACAACGUUGGUUGUUUCAUUAAUUUUGAGGAUUUUCAGAGAUACUGUCAUGUGGGUAUUCGUAGUAACAUUGAUUUCUGGGCUGAUUCGAGACCACUUUUGAAUGGAAUCUCAGAUAAAUCCAUUUGGUAAUUAUUAUUGGAGAGGUGAUAUAUUGAAGAGAAAAAUAAAAAUAAAAGAUGCUGCUGAUUUUUGUUGACCCGGGUUCGACUCGUCCGAGUUAGUUCGCCUGCACAGUUAACUCACUUGACUCGGUUUGUUAAUGAGUCUUGCUUCUUCUUUUUUUUUUUUCCUUUUUCUUUACUAAUUGAGAGGGAAUUAUUCUUUGCUUACCGGGAUUAUGGUAAGUUUAAAGGUUUUUCUUAUAGGAUUUAACUAAUCAUGUAUUAAUUGUUGCACUGUAAGUGUAAUUUUUCGCAUGUUAUAAUACGUAACUUACUUUAUUGUUCUGAUUAUUAAUUCACUUUGCAUGAGCAGUUAUAUGUAGUUAUCUUUUAGUCAGAGAUAAAUGUAGAUAACUGUUUAUGUUUUGUGAACUUAAUAACCCGAAAAAAGAAAAAGUUAACAUGUUAUCACAAGUGAUAUUA